CAUGAAGUGUACGCGUUCUUUUGGGAGCGCAUGAUCCUUGAACUUUGACUUCCCAUGGCUGACAGUGGGGAGCCCCACAGGGCCCUGCCAGCAGCCUUUACGGCUUUGCGUGCCAGCGAUUUAGCGGAGCUUUCCGCGGCAGUGAGCGAUCCACAGGUGUGCAUGCAGUACCAGAUGGACUCACGCCAUGCGAGCUCCAUGGCCUCGGUCCUCACGUGUGCGGUGAUGAUUGCCAGCCGCGAGCCGAGGCCGCCAGCCCACUUGUGGGAAGUUGAUUGGCAGGCGCUGGGCAAAGAACUUGAACCACCACAGGCAUUUACUGAGAAGCUGAAAGACGCUGCAUUCCAGCUUAUGACUCGUGGUGGUCCCGGCGAAGGGGACCAAGAGAUGCACCGAGCCCUGUGGCGCGAAAUGAAUCGCACUCCUCAGGUGUGGUCGGGACCGGAGGCGGUGGCGAACUUGGGCCCGGGGGGCUCGGGGGGUGGUGGUUCUGGCACAAAGAGGUUGACCGGCGGCGUUGGUUGAUGUGUUUUUGUUUGGAAGGGAGGAAGGUUCGGUUUUGAGACUGGAAUCGAUUUGACACUGGUUUUUGUCGGUACUGUAAGCGCAAUAGAUCUUAUAUUGCAACAAAGCAGGCUGGGCGGGAACAUGGUGGAGCUGCUCCAGAAUGAGGCUCCUGGAUGGGCAGGUACUCCUUGCCAAACAAAGAUGGGAUGGCCUGACAAAAGCACUUUGGAAGAGGAUUUGAGGUGAUCUACCAGUUUCUGUCUUGCUUUUUUGGGGAAGGGCUUGCUUUGCCCAUUGCCCAGACCGACAAUGCAAGAUCCUUUUAAGUGCACACCAUCCAUGUACGUAAUUAUGACCCCCAGAUAUCGAUGGACAUCCAUUAACUACAUCCAGGACCCCCUGCUUGUUCUGUCUUUGGGGUGUUGUUGAAUUCCCCCCGAACAAAGUGGCGAAAUGAGUCGAAAAGGCGCAGGGGGUGUCUAUAUUCACCACCCCAUUCCUGGAAUGGUCCUAUGGUCCUUGUUCUAUUCACCACCACAUAUGAUGACCCGCCCUCGGAUUCUUUGGACCGGACCCUCUCAGCUGGAGCUCGCCCCGGACCUCUUCAGGCCGGGAGCCUUGCGAACUCCAA